AUGGAUAUUACUGAAGUUGAUCAUUAUGUUGUAUUGGAUUUACCAUCCGGUGAACAAGGUGCCAAGCUUUCUCAGCAGGAAAUAUCGAAAGCCUAUCGAAAAAAAGCAUUAGAGUUGCAUCCAGACAAGAGGCCGGAUGAUCCGAAUGCUCAUGAGAAUUUUCGAAAGCUCAAGACUUCUUACGAUAUUCUCAAGGAUGAAAAAAAUAGGAAGUUAUUUGAUAGUACUCGAAAGAUUACGAUAUCAGAUCUCGAUCUUAAGGCAAGAGCAGAGGCAGAGGCAAGAGAGCGUGCUGCUGCUGCUGCUGCUGAACGUUAUGAUUUCGUCGAAAAGGAGGAACUAAGAUUGGCUAGGAUUGCUGCGCAUAAUGCUCAAAGAAUGGCUGGUAGAAAACACAAAGAGGCUGGACGAAAAAUUAACCAUGGAAGGGCUCGAAUUCGUGCAAUGCGUUAUGUAAACAAAGUGUCACGAAGUAUUUCUAGUGGAAAAACUAAGAAGGAAGCUGAUCGAAUUCUGGCCAGUAUUAAUAUUAUGCUCUCCUCUGCUCUUUGGGACAUGGUAGAGAUUUCUUACUUGGGCUCACCAGACGGAGCUAGAUUUUCCGUUCUGAAAUUUAGAGAAGGUAACUGA